AUGGACGACGGCCCAGCUCGCGGUGGCACGCGAGGUGGUAAGGACCAGUUCUCCUGGGAGUCCGUCAAAAAUGACACCCAACACCGGGAGAACUAUUUAGGCCACUCGGUGAAAGCGAGCGUCGGGAGGUGGCAACGCGGGAAAGAUUUGUUCUGGUACGCGAAGGAACGAAUUACAGAUGAUGAUGAUUUGGACGAGAAAGACGACGAGAAAAGAAUUAAAGAGGAGAUGAACAUCAUAAAGGAAAGGGAGGAGAAAGAGAGGAACGAGAUGUUAGGGAUUUAUAGUGGUAAUGGUAAGAAGAGGACGAGAAAGAAGAGGAAGAAGGAGUUUAGGGAUGAUUCUGAUUCCGAUUCUGACUCAACAUCAUCAUCAUCAUCAUCACAUUCGUUAAAGAAGAAGACCACCAAGAGGAAGAGAAAAGAAGAAAAGAAGCGAAAACAAAGGAAAGAGAAAAAGGAGAGAAAGAGGCGUCGCGAGAAGGAGAAAAAGAGGUAA